GGUGACGGAUCAGAUGAUGGUCACGUGGUCCAGUCAGCUGACGCUUAGCAAGACUGACGGUUUCCCAGCGGCAGCGGCAGCGACGAUCUGACGGUCGGCCAGGAUGCCUUUCUCCGAGCUGUAUUUUAACGUCGAUAAUGGCUACCUGGAGGGGCUGGUCAGGGGAUUCAAAGCCGGAAUACUGUCCCAGGCCGAUUACUUAAACCUGGUUCAAUGUGAGACUCUGGAAGACCUGAAGCUCCAUCUUCAGAGCACAGACUAUGGAAGCUUCCUCGCCAACGAGGCGUCCCCCCUCACCGUGUCCGUUAUUGACGACAAGCUGAAGGAGAAGAUGGUGGUGGAGUUUCGCCACAUGAGGAACCAGUCGUACGAACCUCUGGCCAGCUUUAUGGAUUUUAUCACGUACAGCUAUAUGAUUGAUAACGUCAUCCUGCUGAUCACGGGCACCCUGCACCAGAGGGCCAUCUCUGAACUGGUACCAAAGUGUCACCCGCUGGGCAGCUUCGAGCAGAUGGAGGCGGUCAACAUCGCUCAGACCCCCGCUGAGCUCUACAAUGCCAUCCUGGUGGAUACACCUCUGGCUGCAUUCUUCCAGGAUUGUAUAUCUGAGCAGGACCUGGACGAAAUGAACAUCGAAAUCAUUCGUAACACACUUUACAAGGCUUACUUGGAAGCUUUCUAUAAGUUCUGUUCUAACCUAGGAGGAACGACUGCUGACACUAUGUGUCCAAUACUGGAGUUUGAGGCUGACAGAAGAGCUUUUAUCAUCACCAUCAACUCAUUCGGUACAGAGUUGUCCAAAGAAGACCGAGCCAAGCUCUUCCCUCACUGCGGCAAGCUCUAUCCAGAAGGUCUGGCCCAACUGGCCCAUGCCGAUGACUACGAGCAGGUCAAGGCUGUUGCUGAUUAUUAUCCUGAAUACAAACUGCUGUUCGAAGGCGCCGGGAGCAACCCAGGAGAUAAAACCUUGGAGGACCGCUUCUUUGAGCAUGAGGUGAAGCUGAACAAGCUGGCCUUCCUCAACCAGUUCCACUUCAGCGUCUUCUACGCCUACGUCAAGCUGAAGGAGCAGGAGUGCAGGAAUAUCGUGUGGAUUGCAGAGUGCAUCGCCCAGCGGCACCGCGCCAAAAUCGACAACUACAUUCCAAUAUUUUGAGCUUGUAGUUCCCCACACUCUUCCCAUCUUCUUCCCUCUGUCAUUUCAUGUGAUUUCUAGUCACAGUCUGGUGGUAAAGAAUCUGAAACCCGGGUCCAGAAUUGGCUUUGAAAUAGUCUCAUAAUCGGUUUUCUAUAUGGUGAAUUCUGUGCUCUAAAAGAAUCAUCUGAGUGUUGUUCACCAGAGGCGUUUGGUCCCUGUUUUGAACCCAUUUGACUUUCAAAUACUUGUGUGGGAUUGUUUAAACAUUUCCGAGCCCAGUGUGCUUCACGCAACACGCCUUUCCUCCUAAUCCUUCAGCUGGUAAAAUAAACUCAAGCUGAUAUUUGCAAUUUAUUAAAACCAGAAUCAAGCCGGCACGCUUCAGUUUAGGGAAGCUUUUCAUUUCUCUUUCUUCAAGUUAACCAAUCACAAGAGGACUUUUUCUGAUUGUUGUUCUCCUCCUAUCUUAUAACAUGAUUAAAAACACAAAUUUAAAUAAAUAUUCAGCUCAAAGCAAAUGUACAUGAAAACAUUCCUCUGCUGGUCAGUACUUCAGAGUUCUUAUUUAUUUAUGUUCAAGCAUUAGUGUUUGUCAGCAUGUCUGGUUAUUACAAAAAUGAGUGACACAAAUGAGUCUGAUUUACGGUUCAAAUAGAUUAAUGGUAAAUAUUACAAUAAGAAUGGAGCUGUAGUCUUUGUUGAAGCCACUCCUGGCUGUGUGUGAUGUUUCUGUACAUGAACUAAGUGGCUAUAUGAAAGACAUUGUUUAAACUCUACAGGAUAUAUAGAUAUUUAAAGAUGAUUAUAUGAUUUUGUGUUCUCAUUCUGUAUAAAACUUGAUUUAUGAAUGUUUUGAUCUGUUGUGAAAUGUGCAUUAUAGAUGUGACAAUAAACAGACUGAGGAGCAGGUCUGACAAAAUGGAA